AUGUUCAUAAAAAGAAUUGAGGUUGAAAACUUUAAAAGCUUCUUUGCCAGACAAUCAAUCCAAGUAGGAAGAAAGAACAUCUUUAUUGGAAAGAAUGGAUCUGGAAAGUCCAACCUUCUUACAGCACUGAGUGCUCUCUUUCUAUAUGGGGAAGAGAGGAGGCCUCAGCAUAACAAUAACGAGGAACCGUCUUCAGUUGAAGUAGAAGUUGACAAUUCAGACAGGAGAUUUCUCCUACCAUCUACAUUUGUGUUAAAGGCAAUAUUUAAGGAUGGGCCAGAGUUCAUCAUCAAUGAUAAGCCUAUUUCGAAGGAGGAGUUGAGAGGGCUUCUCGAGAAUGCAGGAUUCACGCACGAGUGCUUUGUUAUGCAAGGAAAAGUGAAUGACAUUGCACUGAUGAAUUCAAAAGAGAGGUUUAAGCUUAUUUCGAGAAUAGCAGGAGUUGAAAAGUAUGAAGAUUCUAAGGCCCUAGCCAUCAGCCUCCUGAAUGAAGAGAGCGAGGAAAAGAUUGAGGCAUUGAUUGAAAAGAUAGAGCUGAAAAUGAAGAUAUCGGAGGAGUAUAAAAGAAAGGCCGAGGAGUAUGACAAGCUGUGCAAGUCUAAAGCCGAAGCUGAAUUUGAACUUUUGAACUAUGAGCUUAAGGAGUUGAAUGAUGAGAUUGGCAGUAUAGAAAUAGGACAGACAGUCAGGGCAGCAGAGCAGGACGAGGGAAUGCUUGAGUUUGAAAUUAGGGCGUGUAAAGAAGAAAUGGACAAACUAGCCUUGAAAAUCAACGAAACAGAAGAGUUUUUGGAGAAAUUUGACAGGAUGAUUGUGAACCAAAUCAAAGAAAAGCUAGCAAAAGAUGGACCAAACAAUAUUAAUCCAUAUGACCAUAAGGUAUCGGUUUUGAGCAAGGCCCAGCUGGAGACCGUUCAGAAAUUAGAAGAAGAGGAGAAGAAGGAGAAGGAGAAGUACAUUGAGCUAAAGGCAUUGCGGUUUCUCGAUGCAUUGCCAGUGAAAGUAUCAUCGGAUGCUGCAAGAAUAGAUGAGGAGAUAAGGAUCUUAGAGGAGCAGCUAAGAAUAAAAAGAGAAGAGAUAAGAAAUUUUAAAAGCGAUUUCCAAAGCAAGGAAAACUAUAAAUCACUGAUCAGUCAAAGAAAGCAGCUUUGGAUCAAAGACAAGCAAAUUAAGGAGGAGCUAAAAAGUAUCGGAGAGUCUGAAAAGAGCUGUGAAAACAAGAUUUUGUACCUAGGAAAACUGUCUAUUAAUAUCUACGAAAUGCUAAAGAACAGUGCAGGAGUAGUAGGCACUGUUUUUUCUCUGUUUGAUAUUCCUGAUAAUUUACUGGAUGCAUUUGAAGCCGUUACGAGGAACUCCUUGUUCUGGAUUGUUGUUGAAGACGAUGAGGUUGCUACCAAGCUUGUGGAUAAUGUUGAAGGAAGGGUGACAUUCGUGGCACUCAAUAGGGUGUCUACCCGCACGAGAUCCAGAAUAAGGAUAGAAUCUGUGCAUAGCCUUUCUGACAGCAUCGAGUGUGAUCAGAAAUAUAAAAACCUGCUUGAAAUGAUAUGCAGGGACUACUAUGUCUCAUCAAAUGCCACUUCUGCACUUGAGAUAUCUGAGAAAUACAAUAUCAACGUAGUAACAUUAGAAGGGGAUAUCUUUAGUAAAAAUGGGACGAUAACAGGAGGAUAUGAAAACUCAAACCAGAUUCUGAAGGAGCUUAAGAACUGUAAGAGAAGGAUGAGAGAGUUGAAAGAAGAAUUGAGAAAGACAACUGGGGAAAUAUCAGCAAUUAACGAGAAAGUCAAAUACUCGGAGCUGGGCAAUGAGGAUGACUCAAGAGUCCUGGACAAUCUUCAUGCAGUUGAGAGGUAUCUUUCAUUGAAGAUAGAGCUUUUGAGAAGCAAAAGGAUAGUUGUGCCUGAGAUUCCAGAGUUGGAAAUGGAGCAUCUUCAAGCCCAGGAGAGAAUACCGAAGAUAAGGCUGGAGCUAGAGUCUAUUGAAAGCCAGAUGGCCAGAGCCAGUGAGAAAAAGAUGAAGAUCGAUGAGGCCAUUCAGAAAGUAAAGCUGAUUGAGUCUUCGGCAGUUGAACUUGAAAAUCUCAAGUCUAAGGAAAAAUCACUGAUCGAUUCUCUAUAUCUGAAAAAGGCAAAUGAAAACAUUGAAGAGUCGAGCAAAUUACAAAGAAAGCAUCUUUUAAUCGACAGAAGAACACAUUUAAUGAGGAAGAUCGGUGUUUCGGACUUUAAAUCGAUAUUUAUAAAGCAUUCUAAGGACGAAUUGAUCUCCAGCCUUAAGGAAAUUAACAAGAAGCUAAAGGUGUAUUCUGGAUUUUCAAAAAGGGAAAUUUUGGAUGACCAAAGGAGCGAACUGAGGCAAAGGUUGGAAGAGCUGAGAAUUUCAAAGUCUAAAAUACUGGAGUUUAUCUCGACACUGGACAGGAAGAAAGAAGACACUUUUAAUCUAAGCUUUUCUAUGAUUUCUGAUAAUUAUUCAUUUUUCUUUAGGAAGUUUACGGGAAAGUCAUCGAAUCUUCAUCUUAGGAACGAGGGAAUUGACAUAACAGUUGAUGGCAGGACAUGCGAUCUACCCUCAAUGAGUGGUGGCCAGAAGACCGUUAUUGCACUAUCGAUCAUCUUUGCUAUUCAAAAGAACGAUCCGUCUCCAUUUUACGUUUUUGACGAGAUCGAUGCCAAUUUAGAUAUGGAGCACUGUCUUAGGCUAAGUGAGAUUAUCAGAGAAAGCAGCUCACAGUACUUUAUCUCUACUUUCAAAGCCGAAAUGAUAGAGGCAUGUGACAGAUAUUACGGGGUUAUUUCUAGGGACAAACAAAGCUACGUUGAUGAGAUAAGUAAGGAGCUUGCGUGCGAGACAAUCAGGCCAGCGCAAUAA